UUUGUUGAUUGCGGCCUGCAGCUACUGCAGCAGCUCGUGGCGUGUGGCAACGAAAUCGUGCUGGUCUAUUGACCUUUCCCUUAGCGCAGUGAUUGCGGUAGUCGGCGCGUCUCCAGGCGCCCGUUUGCUGUCUACAGUCGCCGCUCUGUUACGUCGGCCUGUCACAUCAAGCGUACUUCCGACUCGUACCGCUGCAACAUGACUCACCGCGUCGGAAGAUAAGCACUUUGCCCAGCAGCUGUCCUGCUGCGCAUGUUCAAGUGUUCUUGGUGUAUACGUCGCUCACUUUGACCGGUUUUCAGUGCCAUAGGAGUAUUACAUGGCACUGCAGUACAGCCCUGCCUAGCAGCCAUGCUUACUCUUUGGUUCCAGUAGACCAGGCAAGAGAAGCUUCGGACAACACGAACAUGUCUUGGGCUGACACCGAGUCUGAUUUUGCGUGCGAGUUCUGUGGGGUGAGCUUCCAUGGGGAGAAGGAGUUUCGUGACCACUGCAACUCUCCUGAGCAUCGGACGGUGCUUGUGUCUGAUGGCGGCCGCACUUGGAAGCACCGGCCACCGCCACGUGGUGUCCCAGCUGACGAGCUCUCAAUCUGUCAUAACCACCAUAUUUAUGGCCAGUGCCGGCUGGGAAGCCAGUGCUGCGAGGCUCACAGCGAGGAUGAGCUGGCCGAAUGGCAGGAACGUCUCAGGUACCGCAUGGAGAGGGUCAAGAAGGCCCAGCAGAAACAUCUCGAGGGAUACCAAGAGUAUGCCAAGGAUCUGCUGGAACGGUAUGCAGAGGCCAAGGACCCCACGGCCAUGCAAAGAGUGAUGACAGAGACCAUGCCGGGCCUCAGGCUGACCUGCAAGCAGCAGCUCAAGCGCACGGUGACUUCCAAAGAGACCGCGCUGGUCUGGGAGUUUGAGCUUUGCACGAUUACGCCCCUUCAGCGCCUGGUCCUGCUGCACGAUGCCUUCCGGGGCCACUUUGAACUGAGGCGGGUGGAGAAGUCCCCGUUCAAGUUUGUGCUUGCGCCAGGCUGCCAGGAGUGGGUCAACAGUCUCCGGGCGCCCACCAACAAGGACGUGCUCGUCUACUUCAUUCAGGUUGGCUUCCAGUCGUCCAUGUAUGCCACGUUUGUGCAAACGUUGGCCUUUGACUUUGGCGGCUACCCCGUGCUGAUACGAAACUUCAGCGUCGACAUGGUGGCACCAGACAUGAUGGGUUCCAUUGAGCGCAGCCGCCGUCUCAUCCUGACGGGUAUGGGACGCUGGAAUGCAGCCGCUAUUGACCUGGUGCCCUUCACAGAACGCAGGAGUGCCAAGGUACAGAGCCUGUAUGACAUGUACCCGGCUCCGGAUGUGGACACGUUCCUGCUGACGCAAGCCGUCAUUGGAGAAGAGCUGACGCGUGAGAACUACAGGGCGCGGAUGCACGAACUGCUCUACGUUGAGGAGAUGGCACGGGCAGACAUCAUUGCCCAGUACAACAUACGGGUGUCCCUCGAUGUCACGGACAAUCUGCAGACGUCGUCGGCCAACUCGACUGAAGCAUACUAUGCCCAAGGCGGUGAGCUGUUCGCUUGCCUGCGCCUCGAUGCAGACAUCACUGAGGACACCGCCGCUGGCCGUCUGGUUCUGCAGAACUGCCAGCUGGUCUGGCUAGCCCCUGUUAAGGCAAUCGACACCGAAGAGAGAAAGCCAGCGAAGCCUAGGGUGCACGAGCUCCCGAUCCAGCUGGCCAGGAAGGACCGCGUCUACAUUCGGCUGACGAAGGAGUGCGUCAGCGAGUUCAUGCUGAAGCCCGACACCAGCUUUGAAGCAGAGGUCCAGUUCCUGCUGGAUCGGCAGCCAUUGUGCGAGAUGCAUUAUGCUGUGGACAAGUUGCCCAUGGCCAGUCUCGUGUUUCCAGACUUCAGCAUCCGUCCUCCACGGUGCCCACCGGAGCUGUCGCUGAGCUGGGACCCAAGGCUCAACGAGCGGCAGCGGCAGGCGGUUGCGGCGAUCGUGGCACCACGCACGGUUCCCAAUGUCCCACCCAUCCUGGUGGUGGGCCCCUUCGGCACGGGGAAGACCUUCACCCUGGCGAAGGCGAUGCUCGAGGUGGUCAAGAAGAUUCCAGAGUCCCGUGUGCUCAUCUGCACCCACUCUAACAGUGCGGCUGACCUGUACGUGUUGGAGCACCUGGACAAGGAAGUGCAGAACCAUCCGGCACUGUGCCCGCUCAGGAUCCUGUACGAGUACCGUAUGCCCAACCGUGUGGACAGACGACUGCUCCAGUACUGCCUCGAGGUGCCUCGGGAACAGCAGUCCAAGCAGGGGCCCUGGUUUCGGCAGCCAACUGCUGAGGAGAUCGAGGCCCACCGUGUGGUGGUCACAACUUUGUCGUCGUCCCAGAUGCUCCUUGCUAGCAACAUAAAACGAGGAUUCUUUACGCACAUAUUCAUUGACGAAGCGGCACAGGCGAUGGAGACUGAGUGCAUCCUGCCCCUUGCCUUGGCUGACGAGAACACCCGGAUAGUGCUUGCUGGAGAUUACAUGCAGCUGAACCCGGAGGUGUUCUCGGUGUUCACGCGUGAGCGGCGUCUACACGUGUCUCUGCUGGAACGUCUGCACGACGCAUUCCAGCGUGCCACUCGAGGCAGUGGGGAUACCCAGCACCCGUGCCAGGUGGUGCUCGAAGACAACUACCGGUCGCACGAGGCGCUGGUGCGGUUCACCUCGGAAAGCUUCUACGGGGGCCGGCUACGAGCCCUUGGAAGCCCCGGGCCACACCACCUACUGCACGCAUUGAGCUUCUUUGCAGCACGAGGCGAGGACAUGCCCCGCGAUGGCAGCACCUCUUAUGUCAACCACAUGGAGGUGCUUGAGGUGUGUGACGUUGUCAAGCGACUGGUGGACCAGUGGCCCAUGACCUGGGGACCUCGCGACCCAUCGACUGUGGCAAUCGUGACACCUUACUAUGACCAGGUACAGUGCAUUCGUAUGGAGCUACGGAAAUACAAGCUUUCCCAAGUUCGAGUCGAGAGUGUUGCCAACGUUCAAGGCAAGGAGUUCCGCGCUGUGGUUCUGAGCACGGUUCGUACGCGUGCCACCUGCGUGCACCUGGAGCAGACGACGCCCUUUAAGACUGCCCUUAACUUCGGGUUCCUCUCGGAUGCCAAGCUGCUCAACACAGCUCUGACACGAGCACAGUCACUGGUUGUCGUUGUCGGGGACCCCGUCUCACUGUGCUCCAUUGGUGACUGUCGGACUCUCUGGGAGAAGUUUGUCUCGACUUGUGCUCGGCAGGGCAGCCUGUUCAACAUGCAGUGGGAGGACAUCAAGUACCAGCUGGAAGGCUUCGAGCUGCAGAAGGAGCAUGGCCUGAACCCCCACGCCAAGUGCUUUUGGCCCAAGCACCCCUUCCUGGACAGACCCCCAGUGGACGAUCCACGGCCGCCAGUGCAGCCGGCACCGACACACGGUUUCAAGGCACUGCCAGGCCUGGCGUUCCCACCCAGGCACGUGCCAGUGGCCCCACCAAACUACUACGUGCCAGCGAUAGACCGCCGUCUCUUCGGUGUGCCACCUCCGAGAGCGCCGGGCUUCUUUCCUUCCUUGCAUUCGAGCCAAGGCAGUCCCAGCUGGUGGCAAGGGCUGCCACCGGGGCCACGCCCUUCGAACCAGCCGCAAGCCACCAGGACGUACCAGCAGCAGCUGCAGCAGGCGCAGGCGCAGGCGCAACGGCAGCAGCAGUACCCGCAAAUGUGGUCACCAUACCUCCCACAUGCGCCAGGGCGUCCCGCCCAAUACCAGCACUUCCCUCCAGCGCAAGCUCGACCAAGUGGCCAGCUACAGCAGCAUGGGCAGCCAGUACAUUGGUCUCAGUCGGUUCCUUCUCACAGACUGCCACAGCACCUUCCUCAGCACCUUCCUCAGCAGCAGCUGCCCUCUCAGCUUCCACCUAGACAGCCGCAAAUGGAGCCAAAGAUGGUCGCUCAGCCAAGCAUGCAGCUGAACUUGCAUAGCCAACCAAGCACUUAUGGCCAUAACCACGUCCAAAAGGAACAGCCACACCAGGAACUUCAGCAGCAACAGCAGUGCAGACCUCCGCUUGGCUUUAACUCUAACCCAAGUCUCUCUGCAAAUGACAUGUGUGGAGCCACUGGUGCCACAACUGUUGCAGGGGCCGCAGGCGACAAUCUCGGCUCUAUGGACACUAGCUUCCGUAACAUGCUGCUUGACGACGAUGAUGGUGGUUGGACGUGCGUCGGUGCAAACAAGCAGACAACAAAUGGAACUGGUCCGGAAGCACGGUUGCCACGCAAGAAGAAGACAGUGGCACCUCGAUUUGCAGCGCAGCAUUGUCCAAGUCGACCAGCCAGCCAACCUUCGAGCCAGCCUGAAAGGCCACUGAAAGUGCUUUCCAACGGAGUGAUCGCAGGGGGAAGCUCUGCUGCCAGGACUGUUUCGCAAGUUCAACAGCUGUCGCAGCAGACAUGGCCGGAGGUCAGCAAGUCAAACUCAAGCACCCAAAAUGGAGGAACGCAGACCAAGCACAAAGUGUUCAGGAACUCUGCAUGGUCUGGAGGACAAGAUCGUAUCGCACAGUCUCAGGAGGCAAGGCAGAAGGCUAGGCCAACAGUCGCUUACAUCGCUGCUGUGUCGGAGCCUGUGACCUGGGGAAAUAGUGAGACACAGCGCUCGGUAGGUAACUGCGCUGCUUCCUCACAUCGGACCAUCAACGACAUCAACUUUGGUCUGGAUCUGUACAAAGCUUUUACCAGUGACGACGAAGACCGCCCUAAGGACUCUACUAAGCUGACAGACACUCUAAGGGCGGGAUUCGCACAGGCUGGCAGACAGACGACGUACACUGCUGCUGAGCAGACGACGGCAGGAUCUAAGUUUGGUCCCAUUGGAAGCAGGCCACCCGACAAGCCUAAGCUAUCUUACAGUGAUGCGUUGCGUAAUGGCCACGUGAACGGCUUUGUCACGCCCAAUACCAGCAAACGUUAAAAAAACCAAGUAGUGUUUGCAGGUGUUUGCGCAUGUGCCCGGUAACCUAGGGCUGGAAACUGUACAACUUUGUGCGUCUGCUGGCCAGACGUGGAAGAUAGCACGCUGGGUUAUUUUUCACGACCAGAAAGCCGUUGCAAUUUUGUGGAAUAUCGUAAAUAUGAAUAUUUUAAUUUUUCUUUAGCUGUGUGCAAGGAUGCUGCGAUGCGUUUUCUUUUUUCUUGAGGCAUCAGCAUUCCUAGGCUAAAGUAAAUUUCAGACGGUGGUGAAUCCACAAUUUCCUCCCACAAUGCUGCUUAGUACAUGGGCACCAAGGGCGUUCACGUUUCACGUUUAUUUUGAAAUAUUGCAUAGUACAAGUUCCUUCUUCAGUCCUUGUGUGAUGCAGUAUGGUAUGGGGCACCAGAUGUGAGGUUUGUUGAAAUGUGACCUUGAAUAAUAUCUGCAUUGCUCGGAUGUGUCUUUGGCGCGUCUGUGGUGGUAACUUUUGAUACUUUCAUUAGCUCAUUUUUCUUGUUUGUGUUUUUCCAUGUGCUAAGCAUCAUUGUCGACGUGCACCAGCUCGAGGCACAAUUUUCAGUCUGUGAGAGAAUUUCAUAUUGGUGGAGCAGAGUGCCUGGUUGCCGUACUGAUCCAUGGGCCUGGGCAUCGUGCCCGCAUGCUUGCGCGUUUGCAGCCAUAUGCAAAAGAAUCUGGUGGAGAUGGCAGAGUAUUGUAGUUUUAUCUUGUCCGUGCUCGGAAUGCUGACAGCUUGCAAUUGCCAAUCUCUUUCGGCAUUUCUGUUUCUCCGAAGUUGAGGCUUAAUGCCGCUUGUUGCAUUCUCCCUUCUUUCUUUUUUUUGUUCACCUUGCACGCUGCAUUAAUUGUCGCGCUUCUAGAAAAACAUUUCUGCAGUUAUCCGUGGCAGUGGCCAACAGUGCUUUGUGAUCUGUGAUAGGCAAGUUGUAAACAUCUGUACAAAUUUUUGCCUCUCUCAAAGCUCAUUAGGCAGUGAGCUGUUAGGUGAGGUUGGAGAUUCUCAGUGUGAAACGUGCGUGCUUUUUAAAUUUUCAUUUGUUUGCUUUCCUCGUUGUGGUACAGUCAGGUGUAUGCACCAGCCUUCAUGUUACGCGAAUUCAUCUUCUUGGCCCGAGGAUAUCGAGAGCCAUCUUCAGCAACGGCCGUGUCUGGAUGCUCUCUCUUGCUUGUCCAUUUCAAGUGCUGUCGGCUUGCCACUGUUCUUUUUUUUUUUGUCUUACUAGAGCUUUGGUAGAACAUCCUUUUUUUUUGUCUUACUAGAGCUUUGGUAGAACAUUUUUUUUUUUUUUUUGUGCUGCAAGGUCUAUGUUGGGCUCAUUCCCGAUAGCAGGGUUGUUGACCCUCUGGCUUUCCUGUUCUCACUUAUGCCCACUUUAUGGACUACUAGCAGUAUCCUCAAUGACGGAGUCUAUAGUGCUGCCCAGGAUCGUUGUUCGUGGGAUCAUUUUUCUUUGGUUUGUUUGGAACUUCCCAAGACCUUCGUUUGUAUGAUAGUCAACACGGCCUGUUUGAUCUGAUGGUUUCACCAUUCUAAGAUGGCUGGUAGUUAUAGCCCUGUCUUGGAGGUAAGCUGCGUAAAUCUUGCAUCUGAUGGCCUAUUCUCUUUUCUUGCGCCAUGCUGCAUGGCUGUACGGCAGAAAUGUCUUGCGUUGUUUCGUGCUAUUGUUGCAUGUAGAUUAUUAUAGUGGGAUCUCUAUAUGUUGGCGACGCUGGAUACAAAAGUACAAUGUGCAUAGGUCAUUUAGGAUUAUUUCUUUUGUCUUUCUUAGUUGAGUACAUCUGGGUUGACGUCAAGAGCAGGCUUAAUUUUCGUUGAUUAUCAAGUCAGGUUAUGUCAUAAUUGACGGCAUGCGAGCUAGAGAUGGUUAGUGCAUCUUCAUGUAGGAAGAUGUCACCUUGGCACAUUCACAUCAUUUGUCAACAAUUAGUUGGAAGGCCUGGCAGUUUCUCACUUUGUCAAAAGUAUUCCACCUACCCUCCAUUUUUUCUCGCAUAUAUGUGAAUGUCCUGUUUCAUCAGAAAUGUGUGUGCAUGCUUUUUAUGAAGUGUAUUUUGGGACACAUAUAAGGGGGCUGUGGGGCUGAAAAUUAACAUUUGAAGCAUUGUGCAGAUAUUUAUAAAAAUUUAUAUAAAGGUUUAUGCAUCUUGUUUUAAGUGCAUGUUAUAAAUUUCAUUAAUACAGAUCAAAUAGAAAAGAAGUUGUGGCUAUCAUACAGACCAAUCAGGCAUGUCACUUUGGGAAAACUAUCAUUUCAUAAACAACAAAGGUACAAAGAAACAGUGUCAUCACUUUGAGACGAAGUUCAAUUUGUUUUGUUGUCAUUAUAUGUCAAAUAUGUAUUGACUUUGUCUGUUAACAAACAGUUAGAAAUAUAAAAAGUACCUCAUCAUGCUUCUGACAAUGUUUCAGCCUAGAAGCUACUCUGAAAGCAGGUUUUGGCGAAGCAGUUUGGAAACGAUAGUUUUCCUAAAGGGUUUUGUUCUCCAAGAAAGUGCAAACUGAGAAUGACAAAGAUUUUGAAACACGCAAUUUUAUUUUAAGAGCAAAAAUACUUAAAAGUGUCCUGCUCCGUAGGUUUGACUCUCCUCUUCAGUUGGAACGUGCACUGCGGCAAGUGCUUCAAGUCUUCGCUUUUUUUUUUUCCAGCUUUAGAGCAGUCCAGUGCCCUCGUCUGCACUUGCAGACAAGGCGCUGCAGCCAGAAUCUUGUUUCUUUUUAGUUUUUGCUUUGCAGCCUGCUGUACUCUCGAUGGAAGGUCUCCCGUGAUUAAAGUGCACGAAAAACAAACUGUGUAACGUGGGCAUUCACUCCAUGUUUGGUUUCUUCCUUGCUCGGCGGCCUGUCGUAAAUACGGCAUUCACGGCAGGCGCAUGCCACCGUCGUGAGAAUAGAAUUCGCUUUCUUUUCUACGGCGCAGAUUGAAGCGAAGCUAGUUGACGAGUGUCUUUAUACGUCUAGAAAUCCAAAAUAAGCGAAAUUCGGAAAUGAGUUUUUCUGGCGAAAAUUGAGAUGUUUAGCCCCGCAUCUCCAUUAAAGGGCCCCUCACCAGGCCACAUAACAAAUUUUGGGCAUGUUCUGGAAUUUGUUAUGUGUUCUCCAGGGGGCAUUCUAUCUCGGGAAUUUUUCGAAUUAGUUGAUUAAUGGCAGAGAUAGAAAUAUUUGAAAAAGCUGUGAACCCAUGAUUUCAGUAGGCGAGCGUCCCCAUCAACAUGCACAUUCUCCCCACUUGCUCCGUCUAGCCUCUGCAAGCGAAAUUACUGCAUUCUCGCAUACCGGGGCUGCAUGGUCGCAUGACUGAUACAUCACGAGCCCCACCUUCUUUUUUUUUUUUCUCUCUCAUGUUUCGCUGAGUGGCGCACUUCCGGUGAUGGUCUUGAGCGUGAGGUGUUGUUUUGUCUUGUUUCACGCAGCAGAUGAUUUUGCGUACUCUGCACGAGAACACCUGAUCAGCUGUAUAAGUCAGUGCCACAAUCGCAAGCACUGAGGCAGGCGUGAGAGGAUGAAAGUUGCGUGAUUGCAGCACUGGAACACGGCAGAAAAUGACGUGGUUUCGUUCUCUGUGCACGCGACAGCACAACAUGGGAAUAAGCAGACAAAAUGGAAGUACAUUUCUCUUACUACAGCAUGAAGUAAAACAAAAACAUGCAGACAUUCUGUUUAUAUGUUUUAUUCUUUCCCUAAACAUUGAUUUUGUCAUUGAAGCUAGAGAUUAAACAAAUAACUGAUGUUGCCUUGAA